CUUAAUUUUGGUCGACCGAUACGGCGACCGAUACCGAUACUUUAAUCCUUGGUUUCACAAUAUAAUGUUACAUAUCUCGCAAGCUUUAAUGUGUCGUUGAUACUGUGGCUACUUGAACAGCCUUGCCCAUUGGAGAAUAUGUGGCAGUUGCUCUUCUUAUGUUCUUUGGUCUUAAAUCCAUAAAAGAUGCAUGGGACCUGCCACCGGAUGUGGCCAAGAGUGGUGAAAAGAACUCAGAACUUGGGGAAUUUGUUGAAGCUGAGGAACUUGUCAAGGAAAAGGUGGCAACGCGGCUCACAAGUCCACUUGAAAUCAUCUGGAAGUCUUUUAGCCUCGUAUUCUUUGCUGAAUGGGGUGAUCGCUCAAUGCUUGCAACAAUUGCUCUAGGUGCUGCUCAGUCCCCAUGGGGUGUGGCUAGUGGGGCCAUUGUUGGACACCUACUGGCGACAGCUAUAGCAAUUCUGGGAGGAGCAUUUCUUGCCAUCUAUAUUUCCGAAAAAUUGGUUGGCUAUUUGGGUGGAGUUCUCUUUCUUAUCUUUGCAGUAGCCACAUUUCUGGGAGUUUUCUGAGAAAUCAUUGGAGUCCGCUUCAAAGAAAAUUUCCACUAAGAGGGUGUGUGUCAUGCCCUUAAAGUCACCUGACAGAAUUAGGUAUUCAUAAAAGUGUAUCCACCUAGAAUUUGUGCUUCCUCAGGUUACAUUCAUUCUUUCAUGGUAAGGUUGAAGGGUUGGUCUUAUCUAAAUUAGGUUCUAGGGAUCACAGAGUUGAUUUUACAUUAGAAGUAUGGUGGAUCUUAAAAUUGGAGUUUGAAUAUUUUGUAUGUGCACUGGCAAGUGGUAGAAUAGGUUGCAGUUGCACUUUCUAUCCAAAAAUUAAGGGCUUACAGAACUUCUUCACCUCAAGUUUCUCUCUUUAUUAAAAUAAAAAAUAUUUUGACCUGAAAAGCCAAAAGGUGGACACUGGACACAAUCUACUGUCAUCAAUUUGUGUUUCUAAAUAUUGGUGUACUGUCAAAUAUAUGUAUUUUUGAAUAAUAAAUGAGAAAUCACUGUACCAUGGAAUUCAAACGAUGUGGCCUUUUAUAGAAUCUUGUUCAUGUG